CACGGCUGGACACGCACUGUUGGUCCAUUCGGGUCCCCUCAACUUCACAGAAAUAUCAGUUCCAAAGAGUCUGUCAGGUUGAAAAGAAAAAAAAAUACAGUGACUCUCCGCGACGAAAAAACGGGGAUUUUUUUUCUUUAAUUUAUGAAAUGAUGUGAAGCCAUUUAUUCGGCUGAGGGCAUUCUUCGCCUUCCGGUCACUCUGGGAACCCUCUGGGCCCACGGAAAUCUUAACUACCCUCGGGACAGUAUCUGGAAUCGAGAGGGAAAGGGUGGAAAAUGGUGCCAAAUGCGGAGAACGGAGUAAAAGUGUCAGACAAGUGAAUUUUUCGAGGUCUCCUCGGGGUUUUAGUGAUUUAUUUAUUCUGAAAAGAGGAUUGAAGGAUGUGGGGAGGGUCCAGGAUGCUCUUUGGUGUCAUUAUCCUCGCGGUUGCUCUCAGGGGGAGUCACGUGGAGGGAAACACUACGGUCGCUAUUGCUAAGGAGGAAUGUCGGAAGAGAAUAGCUGAAUGCUUCAUGUCAGACGGUGCUAGCACUCCGGUAUGUGGCAGUGAUGGGGUGACCUAUUCGUCUCAGUGCCAAGUGGUCUCCAGACAGUGUCAGGGGGAGUCAAUUCUCAUUAAACACACUGGUCCAUGUCCAGAGACCCCUCCGUGCUUCUCGGCCCGAGUGACGGCUCGUCCUGGUUCUCGUCCUGUCUGCCGUCCAGACGGCACUUGGGCGCCAGUUCAGUGUCACACGGAAACUGGGUACUGCUGGUGCGUGACACCUCAGGGUCGUCCGCUUCCGGACACCUCGGUGAAGAACGAAAAGCCCAGGUGCAUGAAGGCAGCGGCUUCCUCACCCUCGGGGACAGCCUCCACGCGCAGUGGCCAACGGAGACGCUCCCCGAACUGGAAGCAACGUCGCCAGUACACCAGCCGACACAGGAACACUUGUGAUAGAGCGGAAAAGUCGACUUUCAAUACUAAUCUCAUUGGAAAUUUCAAGAUUGAGUAUAGGAGGACGAAUAUCUCCGCUGAUGGUGAUAAAAACGUGGAGCGCGUUUUAUCCUGGAAAUUCCUGACCCUCGAUAAAGACGGCGACGGUUAUCUCGACAGAAACGAGUACAAAGAGCUCCGUAGACUCGCUAGAAAAGCGGUGAGACCGAAGAAGUGCGCGCGAACGUUCGCAAGGACUUGCGAUCUCAAUCAGGAUCUCAAACUCUCCAGGCAAGAGUGGGGCGCUUGUCUGGCCAACGACUUCAAACUACGUUUGUUCUUGUCGCUGAAUGGUGCAGACGGACGACACGAGAUACUUGAGGCCCAGAAGACGAGGGCCACCGAUCAAGUUUUGAAGGGGAAUCCCCCACCGGUUCACGUAAGGCCGACUUUCAAUGAUGAUCCACCGGAUACGAAGGAAGAAAGCGAUGCAAACGACUGCAUUUCGGAUCGAAAAUCUGUGCUGGAGGAUCAAAGGCAGAACUCCCAGGAGAAAUUUUACAUCCCCCAGUGCACACCGGACGGAAGAUACCACAAGGUUCAGUGCUACUCCGGUUAUUGCUGGUGUGUUUAUCAGGACACUGGUAAACCGAUACCGGGAACAUCCUCCAAGGAUCACACGCCCAACUGCAAUCCCGUUCCACCACCGAGCAGACCGAUGAAAGGAUGCCCGGAAUCUAAAAAGCAACUCUUCCUCCGUGAUCUCAUGGACUUGAUGGACAAGAGAAUGCAGGACUCCAGCACAGACUCAGCGGAGGCAACCGACAAAUGGCGAGCCUCCAAGGAGGAGCGAGUGGCGACCUGGCAUUUUGUCAUGCUCGAUAAAAAUAAGAACAAAGUCUUAGAGAAAAAGGAGUGGAAGAGUUUUCGCACAAUGGUAGCUAACAGCAGGCAGCUGAGGAGAUGCGGCAAGAAGCUACCGAGGUACUGCGACAUCAACAACGACAGGAGGAUCAGUAUGACUGAGUGGCUCAGUUGUCUGAAUGCACAGAAACCCUCUCAAGGUGACAGCGUGGAGAAUACAUCGACCCAAAAACCCCGAAGAACAGGUCCGAACCCCCUGGAUCAAUUUCUGAACGACGACGACUGAUUCACCGAAGAUAAACCCCACUUCAAGACUUGAUUUGUAUCGAUCAAAAUUUAUUUCUCCCCUUAAAACUCAUCAUUUUUUACACAGUGAUAGAAACUAGAUAUAUUCGAUAAAUUUACGUAACGACACUUAUAAGUAUUACGCACGUAAUUAUGUAUUUAUGUUGAAUAUGUAUAUGUAUUUUUGCAUGAAAAAUAUGGUGCUUGAGCACUGUCAAUCGAUUUUUUUACGUGCUAGGAUUAUUUGUCUGUACUAAACUGAAAAACUGUCUUUAUAGGCUCAAUGCGAUAAAUGGUGGAGGCUAUUUCUUGAAUAUCUCGAAAACUAUUGGAUUUCGGAGGAAAUGUCACUCAAACUUUUUCGUAGCUUAUGAAAUUCUCUGCAAAAAAUUUCCUCUGACAUUUCUUCCUAAACCCAAUGGUCUUCGAGAUAUCAGCAAAAUAAUGUCCACAACUUCUCUCUGAGUGAUUCUCCAUUCUCCCAAUUCCAAUUAUAGAAUUCCUCACUUCAUCAAUUCUCGAUAAUAAACCGAAAGAAAAUUAUCUAGAGCAGUAACAAAGUGUAGAUGUGUCUAUAAAACUGUAAUUAUCAAUUAAGAAUUAAUAAUUGAAAUUGAAAACAAUGUUCAGUGUUUAUCAGGAGUGCAAUAAAUUUCAUUAAUGCUAUGAA